AUGUCAAGUGGAAAACGCCGCAACCCACUUGGGCUAAGCCUCCCGCCCACCGUCAGUGAGGAGGCGCAGCGUGACGAGCCGGGCGAAGCUGAGGAGGUUCCCAUCGCCAAAGUGUCCCUCGAUGAACAGUUGAAGCGCCUUGGCCUGACGGAGCCGCAGCGGCAGCGCAUGGACGAAUGGAUUCAGAUGAAGGAGGGCAUCAAUGAAAACGAGCUGAGCGAGGACCAAUUCGAGACGCUCGGCGAACUCGGCCACGGCAAUGGCGGCGUCGUCAACAAGGUUCGCCAUAAGACGCGUGGCCUGAUAAUGGCUCGCAAGCUCGUUCAUCUCGAGGUCAAGCCAAGUGUUCGCACGCAGAUUCAGAAAGAAUUGGCGGUGCUUCACAAGUGCAAUUCUCCCUUCAUCGUCGGCUUCUAUGGUGCCUUUGUGGACAACAAUGACAUAUCUAUCUGCAUGGAAUAUAUGGACGGCCUAUCGCUCGAUAUCAUCUUGCAGCGCGUUGGCCGUCUGCAAGAGCCAUUUGUUGGCCGAAUCUCUGUGGCUGUUGUGCGUGGGCUUACUUACCUGAAGGAUGAGAUCAAAAUUUUGCACAGAGAUGUCAAGCCAUCCAAUAUGCUCGUCAAUACCAGCGGCGAAAUCAAGCUUUGCGACUUUGGUGUGUCGGGAAUGUUGAUUGACAGCAUGGCCAACUCGUUCGUUGGAACCCGUAGCUACAUGGCUCCGGAACGCCUGACCGGAUCGCAGUACAGCAUCCUCUCCGAUAUCUGGUCUUUUGGCCUUUCACUGGUGGAAUUGCUGGUUGGCAAAUAUCCCGUACCCGGCAUAACAAAGCAAGAGUUUGCAAACAUCUUCCAAGUCGCCGAGGAGGACAUCGUCUUAGCCGACAACAGAGCCGAGGCAGCCCAGUCGAGCUCGUCGGCCCCACCAGCGUCGAUGGCCAUCUUCGAGAUGCUGGACUAUAUUGUCAAUGGACCGCCGCCGACGUUGCCCAAGAACAUCUUCACCGACGAAUGCAUUGAUUUUGUCACCAAAUGUCUCAAAAAGUUGCCGGUUGAGCGUGCAAACCUGAAAACGUUGACGGCCCAUCCAUUUUUCCAAAGGUAUGCUCAAUUCGACGAUAACGGUGCGUUCGCUGCAUUCGUCGCGGAAACUGUUCGUCUUGGUGCUGGCAAC